AUGGAACUUGUGGCUGAGUUACCCGACCGUCUCUUGACAGGGUUAGCACUAGAUCCACACGAUAAUGUGUUUGCCAUCUGCGCGUGCAGUGGUGAGCUCUUUCGCUUUCAUAAGGAGAGUAACAGUAUGCUUCCAAUCAUGUCUACAGAGGCUUCACCACACGAUAUCGCUAUUGACCCGCAGACCGGUGAUGUAUACAUCACUGAUCGCACUGAGAAUGCCAUUCUCAAGUUAGAACCAUCCGAAACCAACGGGGAGGAUGAAACGAAGGAAGAGAAACAGGAAGAAGAAGAAAAUGGUGUCGGGUAUACUAUUGUACGCUAUCUAAACAGUUUUGAGGGAAAACCAUUUAUUGGCCCCACAGCAUUGGCGUUUGCACCUGAUGGUGAGUUGUUCUUUACAGACGCCGGAGCGGAGGGUGACUCAUCCUUUGCUGAUCCAUUAGGCGCGGUGUACAGAACACUACAAGGCCGUAGUCAGGUUGUUCCACUUUGUGCACGCGGACUAAUUCGUCCAUCAAGUAUCGCUAUUGCACGUGAUAAUAAUGUGUACGUCUGUGAACAGGGAUCCAAUCGCGUUUUACGCUUUGUACGACGAGGGACGUAUUAUGUAGGGAAUGUCUUUGCCCAAUUGCAGGGCGGUAUGGGUCCAACAGCUAUCACUGUUAGUCCACGUGAUAAUACGGUUUUCGUCGCCCAGUAUGAUACUGUGGCUGUGAAAGUGCCUUCCAGUGGUGCUGUUGUUGAUGGAUCUACAGAGACGGAGAAGGGUCUUAUAACGGUAUUUGGGAGAGAUGGUGAGGUGAAGGGUGUUGUGCGUACACCAAGUACGUGUCUUCGUGCGAUUAAAUUAGACGCUCGAGGAGAAACGCUCUACGCAUUAGAGGCGAAUGAGGCGACUGGGUGUUCAAAGUUAUAUAUGUUUCAGUUGCCACCUGUAAUGCAACAAGAAGAAGAAAAAGAAUGA